UGAAAGGGGCAAUUCAUUUCCACGUCUACCUCGACCUCUCAGUCUUUGAUGCUCAAGACUGAAAAAAAACUCAAAAAGUGUUGGCAUUAGGAAUUGAUUGAUUGAAGAAGAAAUGGGAACCCUCGGAAGAGCGAUAUACAGCGUUGGACAGUUGAUUCGAAAAACUGGACAAGCCGUUGAUCGCCUCGGUUCUCAUCUCCAAGGUGGCUACAUCGAAGAACAGCUGUCUAGGCAUCGAACCGUGUUGAACAUAUUUGACAAGGCUCCUGUUAUUGAUAAGGAUGUUUUUGUUGCACCAAGUGCCGCUGUCAUUGGAGAUGUCCAGAUUGGAAAAGGGUCAUCAAUUUGGUAUGGAUCUGUAUUGAGAGGUGAUGUUAACAUCAUUAGAAUUGGAAGUGGAACUAACCUACAGGAUAACUCCCUGGUGCAUGUUGCAAAGUCAAAUUUAAGUGGGAAGGUGUUGCCUACUAUUAUCGGGGAUAAUGUUACUGUAGGUCAUAGUGCUGUUUUACAUGGUUGCACUGUUGAGGAUGAGGCUUUUGUUGGUAUGGGUGCAAUUCUACUUGAUGGCGUCGUCGUUGAGAAAAAUGCCAUGGUUGCUGCUGGAGCCCUUGUGAGGCAGAAUACAAAGAUUCCAUCUGGCGAGGUUUGGGCUGGCAAUCCAGCGAAGUUUCUAAGAAAGCUCACCGAUGAAGAGAUAGCUUUUAUCUCCCAGUCAGCCACCAAUUAUACUAACCUUGCACAGGUCCAUGCAGCUGAAAAUUCAAAGUCCUAUGAAGAAAUUGAGUUUGAGAAGGUGCUGCGUAAGAAGUAUGCAACUAAAGAUGAGGAGUAUGACUCUAUGUUGGGUGUUGUUCGUGAGAUUCCACCAGAGCUUAUUCUUCCUGAUAAUGUCUUACCUGAUAAAGCAAAAAAAGCUCUUAAAAUAUGAGUUCUUAAGAGGCAGUGUCUUCAAUUCCAGUCUUGAAAACAUCAAGGGUAUUUUUUUUCUUCUUUUAAAUUCAUGGAAGAGGAGUUGUUUUGGUUUUCAAUAACACCAAACGUUUUCUAGGCUAGAGUUAUGGCUCCUUUCAAGUUCCAGGAAGCGAUUGCUCAUAAUAUUUCAAACUGUGUUCUCCACUUUGGAUUAGGAGAAAGUAGGUGAUAGGAUCCUGUAUGUUGUGUUUGAUAUAUUAUUAUAUGCAAGUGAUUUCACUUUUUUCUUCAUUGAUCCUUUCCUUCGAGACAUUAUUGACGUUCAUAAGUUCUUGAUGAGAUUAUUAUUAAAACAGGGACAUUUGACU